AGGCAUUCAUUUCAUAAAGAAUUAUCGAAAAAAUGAUCAAGAAGGCAUUGAUGGAAAUUCUGAUGCUUUAAUUAUUCUUGUACUAUCUAAUAUGGAUGGCAAAAAUGCAUGUAGAUCUUUAAUGAAAGACAUUUGCAUUGCAGUUAGAAUUGAUAUUAAUGGUCAUAAUAUUGUUAAUCAUUCUGGAUGUUCAACACCAAUUACAUUUUUAUUUCAGAAAAAACCAUCAAAUCAACAAAGAGAAGAUGCAUUAUCAUUACUGAUUAAUAAUAUUGGAUUAGUAACUUUAAAUAAUUCAGAGAUGAAUCUUUGCUCUAUUUCAUCAUCUUUAAAAGAUUCGUCAAAAAUAAACUUCCUAUCACAUUCAAGACAAUCAUAUUCAGAACCAUCACAUCCAGAACUAAUGCAUUCAGGACUGUCUUGUUCAGGACCAUCAGAACUAUCACAUUCAGAAAAAUUAGAACCAUCGCAUUUAGGAACAUCAGAACCAUCUCCUAAAUAUGAUGGCCUUGAUGUUCCUGAAUGUGAUAAUUCUGAUAUUUCUAAAUACGAUGGUCCUGAUGGUCCUGAACAAGAUGGUUCCAAAUACAUUAGUUCUGGAUAUGGUGGUUCCAAAUAUGAUUGUCUUGAAUGUGAUUGGAAGUUUAUUUUUGAUGAAUCUUUUAAAGGUAACCGAAAUAAAGCAAAGACUAAAGACUAA